CAGCUUUCCAGCGGAGGAGAGGACUCAAGGAGAGGGAAGGCCUGGAAUCGGGACACCGACUGUGAAAAAUACAGCAAAGGUGUUAUUGAUGGCCCUGCCUGUAGCAGCCUCUGUGAAGAAAGCUCACUGUAUUUUGGAAGGUGCCUCUCCACCAAACCAAACAAUCAGGUCUAUACAGGCAGCUGGGGUGAUCAUGACGGUGUCAUCAAGUGUCAACUGAGUGACAUCCUGCACUAUGAGCUGGGAGAGGAGUUGGAGCCAAAAAAAGAGGUUGCACUCUUUGACAAACCCACUCGAGGAACCUCUGUUGAGAAGUUCAAAGAGAUGGUUGCCAGUCAUUUGAAGGCAAAAGUUGGAGAGCAAGCCAACCUCUCCAGUUUGGUAAGCAUGAUUCUUUCAGUGGCAGACAGCAAUAAAGACGGCCACAUCUCUCUGCCAGAAGCCAAGUCCACAUGGGCUUUGCUGCAACUCAACGAGGUUCUGCUAGUAGUGGUGCUCCAGGACCGAGACCACACACCUAGACUGUUGGGCUUCUGCGGGGACCUGUACGUGGUGGAGCGGGUGCCUCACACUCCCCUGUACGGGCUCAGCCUGCCGUGGCCCAUGGAACUUUGGAUUCCUACGGGCAUGUGGCGAAACAUGGACCAGUGGUUCACGCCUUCCUGGCCACGCAAGGCUAAAAUAUUUAUCGGCUUGCUGGAGCUUAUAGAAGACAUCUUCCAUGGUACCUUUGGGAGCUUCUUAAUGUGCGACAUGAGAGCCAGUACUUUUGGUUACACCGAUCGCCAUGACCUCAGGCUGGUGGACGGGCGGCGCGUAGUAGCUGAGGAGGCCUUCAAACAGGCCAUGAUCCUUCAGCAUUGCGAGGAUGACGGGGACUGUGUCUACGGUGUGGACUGUAGGACUUUGUGCGACCGCGCAGAACACCGCUGCACGGCCGAGGUGACUCAGCCCAACCUGGCCAGGGCUUGCGGAGCACUGAAGGAUUACCUCCUACGAGGAGCUCCGGUCCAUCUACAGGAAGAGCUGGAGAAGCAGCUGUACGCCUGCAUGGCUCUCAAAGGUUCAGCCGAGCAGAUGGAAAUGGAGCACUCGCUCAUUCUCAAUAACCUCAAGACACUGCUAUGGAAACAGAUCUCACACACCAAUGACUCCUGAAGAGAAAUGAAGACUCACUGGUGACAACAUUCAGAUUCUUGAAUGUCUUCUGAAGCACUUCAGGCCAUUGUGAAUCUGGCUGGAGAUUAAAAUGCUGGUAGCAACGUGGCUGGAAAAUAGGCUGAUGGCAAUAUUCAUUGCUGCUUUGAUACGUUUUAAGUUUUUUCACGACGAAGGUAGAAUUAAAACCAUGAGGAGGAGGACUUAAGGAGUAACGUUCACUUCUUAGUUUCGUGUUUUUAUUUUUGUUUUCACACACAAUUGAUCAGUUGUCAUGUUUAUUUUACACUUUCUUCAGAUCUUAUGAAGGAGCAAAUUACCCUUAAUUUUGCAUCCAUUGUUGGAUGUUAACAUAGAAAGCUAAAGAAUGCACUAGGCACUGACUGUGGUUGUGUAAGUCUCCUAUUGUAAUGUUUGUCACAAGAGCACAGCAAAAAGAGCCAU